AUGCCUUCUCACGGCGUACCUGCGGCGGAGGCACUUCUAGCCUCCGGCCGAAACCCCGAGAAGCUAAGCCUCCCAGCACUUCAAUCAAAGAUGAAGUGCGACCCCGAGGGCUACGAAUCAGAGCUACUCCUUAUCCGCAGCCAAUUCAACUCCUCACUCGAACUCUUCCAGCAACAAGCCGCUAUGAACUUCACUUCCAUCUCCGGAAUCAGUAACGAUCCCACCAUUGCCAAAGAUCUCGCCGAGAAAGCCAUGUUCCUCUCCCACAUGACCAGAUUCUACCCUAACCACCUCGCUGAUUUCCCUCUCAAACUCGCUGAUUUACUCGGAUGCGCCGCACGUACGCUUCCUUCUGGACUUCGUAAAGACCUAGCGAGUUCUCUUAUUCUGCUUAUCAAUCGAGAGAUUGUUAAUAUUAAAGAUACGCUUCCGUUGUUCAUGGACCUUCAAACCCUAGGCGAUAAACCGUUGAGGGAGUUGGCCUUUAGUCAUGUUGUUAAAAGCAUAAAGAGGAUGAACAUAAAGCGUAAGGACGAAGCUAAAAACCGUGCACUUCAGAACAUUCUUUUUACCAUGCUACAGGAUGAGGAUGAAGGCCGGGCCAAGAGGGCACUUGUGACUCUGUGCGACCUUCACAAAAGACAAAUAUGGUUUGAUGAGAGAACAGCAAAUGCAAUUUGCACUGCUUCCUUCCAUUCAUCUUCAAGAAUCUUGAUAGCAACAUUGUGUUUUCUUCUGGAUUAUGAGAAAAUUGAAAACUACCACGAUAGUGAUGACUCAGAUAGUGAUGAGGAAUUGACUGUAACACCUCAAGUUAUGCUUACAAGGGAGACUGUUUACAAGGCAAGUCACCAAGGCACAUCAGCUAGCAAAAAGAAAAAGAAGAAGAAAUUAGACCGCAUAAUACGCGGCAUGAAAAAGAAACAGCGUGGUUCGUCUGAAAGGGCCAACAACAUCUAUUAUUCACCACUCAACCAUCUGAAAGAUCCCCAGGGUUUUGUUGAGAAGCUGUUCUCUCGUCUGCAGAAAUGUAACGAACGAUUUGAGGUCAAGAUGAUGAUGUUGAAAGUGAUUGCUCGAACAGUUGGGCUUCACCAUUUAAUUUUACUUAACUUUUACCCUUAUCUUCAGAAAUAUAUCCAGCCCCAUCAACGAGACGUUACAAAUUUGCUUGCAGCAGCAGUCCAGGCUUGCCACGACGAGGUUCCUGCAGAUGAUGUUAUGCCCUUGUUCAAACAAAUUGUUAAUCAAUUUGUACAUGAUCGCUCACGCCCAGAGGCUAUCACCGUUGGAAUAAAUGCUGUAAGGGAAAUGUGCCUGCGUAUACCACUGUUAAUGAGUGAAGAUUUACUGCAAGAUCUUGCCCUCUAUAAGAAGUCACAUGAGAAGGGAGUUUCAAUAGCAGCUCGAUCUUUGAUUACAUUAUUCCGAGAGAUUUGCCCUUCACUACUAAUUAAGAAGGACCGAGGGCGGCCUACUGACCCCAAAGCUAGACCAAAGGCUUAUGGAGAAGUCAAUAUUGCGACUGACGUUCCUGGUGCUGAACUGUUGCAGAAUAGUGACGAUGAUGUUGAGCAGGAUGGUAAUAAUUCUGAUGAUUCUGCAUAUAGUGACUCAGACAAUGACCAGGAAGAUGAUCAGGCAAGUUUAAAUCUCAACGAUGAGAACCAGCCAGGCAGUGAUAACACUGGAAGUGAUGACGAUGAAGACAAAGAUCCUGAUACUGUAUCAGAUGAUGAAAACGAUGGAAGUUCUGAUUAUGAAACCAUUGACGAUGUUGAAGAUGAGGAUGAUGAUCUAGAAGACAGUGAAGAGGCCGAUGAAGAGGAUGAUGAGAUUUCAAAUCUUGGAGAUGAUCUGCAUACUCCUAGUCAUGAUGGAAGUGCUGAUACAAAAACUACAUUAAAUGACUCAACUAAAAAGAGGAAGUUUAGAGAUUUCAAUGAUCAACUUACAUCUGCUGAUACAAGUCUCCGGGCUUUGAAGAAAUUGGCAGGAACAAUAGAGAAUGCCCUACCAGAAAAGGAUGAUGGAAUUCUUUCUAAUGAAGACUUCCAGAGGAUCAAGGAACUGAAGGCAAAAAAAGAAGCAAGAACUGCAUUAGUGCAACAUGGGCUUGUAAAGUCAUCAACAAAUAAGAUUCCUAGCUCUGAUCAACUAAGUUUAAAGCGAGUGGAUGGUUCCAUGCUUGAAGCUCAUGUAAAGAAAAAGCUUAACAAGGAGGAGAGGUUGGCAAUGGUUAGAGCAGGGAGGGAGGAAAGAGGACAGUAUCAUUCUCGGGCAGCUGUAAAACAGAAAAAGACGGGUGGUCUAAGUAACAGACAAAAGGAACACAAGAAAAGUAUGCCGCUAAUUGCGAAGAGGAACAAGAUAGCAAGAGUUAAGCUAGAGAAAAAGAUAAAAAGGCAGAGGUCUGGCAAACAAUUCCGGGGGAGGAAAGCGUGGCAAUAG